AUGAAAAAUAGGACAUCAGUGACAGAGUUCAUCCUCCUGGGUCUGACAGAUAACCCCAAGUUGCAGCCUGUGAUUUUCUGCUUUUUAUUUCUCACGUAUGUGCUGAGUGUGAUUGGAAACCUAACUAUCAUCGCUCUUACCCUGCUGGACGCCCAACUGAAGACCCCCAUGUAUUUCUUCCUCAGGAAUUUCUCCUUCUUAGAAAUUUCAUUUACUUCUGUCUGUAAUCCUCGAUUUCUGAUCAGCAUCCUAACUGGGGACAAAUCUAUCUCCUACAAUGCUUGUGCGGCUCAGCUGUUUUUCUUUCUCUUCCUUGGCUCAGCAGAGUUUUUCCUCCUGGCAUCUAUGUCCUAUGACCGCUAUGUGGCUAUCUGCAAGCCUCUGCACUAUACAACCAUCAUGAAUAACAGGAUCUGCUACCAGCUAGUAAUCAGCUCUUGGCUGGCUGGCUUUUUGGUUAUUUUUCCCCCACUGGCCAUGGGCUUAGAGCUGGAUUUCUGCGACUCCAAUGUCAUUGACCAUUUUACCUGUGACUCUGCUCCUUUGCUACAAAUCUCGUGCACAGACACAAGUUCUCUAGAGCUUAUAAGCUUUGUUUUAGCUUUGUUUACUCUUCUAUCCACCUUGACCUUAGUACUUCUCUCCUACACCUACAUCCUCGGAACAAUUCUGCGAAUCCCAUCAGCUCAACAAAGAAAGAAGGCCUUCUCAACUUGCUCAUCACAUAUGAUUGUCGUGUCUCUCUCUUACGGAAGCUGCAUCUUCAUGUAUGUGAAAACAUCAGCAAAGGAGGGCGUUUCUUUGACAAAAGGGGUAGCUAUGCUCAAUACCUCUGUUGCUCCUAUGCUGAAUCCAUUUAUUUAUACUCUAAGGAACCAGCAGGUAAAGCAAGCAUUUAAAGAUGUUGUGAGGAAGAUACUGUCCUCAAAAACAUUGAUAUAA